GGGGAGGGGAGGAGAGACACAGCCGUGGUGUGAUGCAUUAUCCUGAAUGUGUUUGUUGAUGAUCAUCUAAUCAUCCUGCCAUGAGCGUUAAACAUGACUAACAAUGACUAGAUGACCAGCAACAAAACAUAUUCAUAGCUGCAAAACACAUACUAGACCCUGAGCAUUUUGCAAGAAAAACAACGUUGGAAGAUGGGUAUCUGUCAUAAGUUCGAUGAGAAUAUGUAGAAAGAGUAUCAUCUUAGAAUAUUCGAUAAGGAGGAAGCAUAUGCUUUGAGAAUAAACCCCUCUUACUGGUAGGUUGGAAGGGAAGUUGGUCCGGACUUGGAACAGUGGACAUAGCAGAAGUGGGAGAUCUCAAAAUGGACUGUUAGGAUGAAACUCAUCUUCCCAUUGCAUACAAACAGUUUCUAUAUCAUGGACCAACCAAAAAACUGAUCCAAAUACUCUUUAUGUUUGGGGAUUUAAUACGCCACGUGGCUAUAGUAUGGUCUCCUUCACAGCAUUGAAUUUUGGCAGCUCCAGAUUAAGCUCAAGCACACAAAGACAUGUCAAUCUGGGCAUUAUCCAAACCAAGCCUAAGACAUGAUUCAUUAAAAAAAAUGCAUCAAAGAACUCAAAUCAUCUAUAUCUAUGUAUUCAUGGUUAAGUUUUUAACUUGGAUUUUUCAGCCUAGGUGAACACUCCCUGUGUACUUAGGUUUUGCCCCUCUCGCACUUUAAUGUCAUCUGCUUAUCUUUCAAAACAAGAAGAUUAUGCUUCUUCCCAGGACAAGGAAUUUGCUGAAUAUGUAGUCAUAGCCAGUCUUGGGCUAGAUUUAUUGAUCAGGCAUGCACCUGGUCCUAAAAGAUAUUGAAAGAGAUACCAUCUCUAAUUUUGGGUUACCAUCACCAACCUGCUAGAAAACUCCCACCUUGCCUUGAUCAAGUGCAUACUGGUACCACAAUCAUCUCUCAUCUUUUUCAUUUUCCUUUUAAGAUUCUUUCAAAUUUCAAUCUCAUUCCCAUCUUCAUGAUUCAUAUUUGCUUAGAGCCCGUUUGGUAGUGAUUUUAGGAAACGCUUCUAACAUUUUUAAUACUUGAAAAUUUUCAUCAUUCAAGUGUUAGAAAGAUUAAAACGUUUUCUAGAAUCACUACCAAAUGGACUCUUAGUUUACUCUGUGUUAUCAUAUUUUACACUUUCUAGAUUCUGUCUAUAUUCCCGCCCAUUACACAAGCUUUCCACUAGAGUCCCUUAUUAAUCUAAUUAAAUUUGGUUCAGUUUUGCAGGUGGAUGUCUCAUAGAUGAUGAAUGGCAUCCUUAUGUUUUAGCUUUAAUGCAUUAGAAGGUGUGAAUUUGUUUUCCAAAAUGGAGUCAUCCUAGUUUCAUAACUCCAUGGAACCCUGCAGUUUCAUAUGUAGUCAUCAUCACUUUUUUAUCAUUAUAGUCAUCUUUCAUUCCAGUUAACACUAGACUAGUGCAGAAAUAACUACAACUCAAUAAAGCUAUUCAAUUUCCAUGAACAUGUUUCCAUAUAUGUACUAAAUGAGUGAAAAGGAAAGAAAAAUGCCUAUAUAUGAAAGCCCUCCCUCUUGAUUUAACAGCCUAAUUAUAGGGCCUAGAAUCUGAGAAGUCUCUUGAUGUAUUGUUUUUGAGAUGUCAAUCAUGAAAAAAUAAGGUGUUUUGUCUAAACCACAGCUACACAAUCAAAUAAAAAGUAGAAAACGGGAUAGUUGUAAUGGUUGCAGACGGACUGUGUUGUAAAAUACAUGUGCAAAUAAUGCAAUAAUGCCUCUCCAACCAGGCAACCAGAAUCCAGUUUCCUAUUAACGACUUCAAUGAAGACGCUAAAUUUCCUAUUUCUCUUCGUGCGUGUCGAACUUAACCUAAGUUGCAGUUGCUAUCUAUACACUCCUGGGUUAAAAUAGUAGAAAUACAACAAAGCUCAACCAAUAAAAGGAAUUUUGAAAGCGGCAAUUGACCAUGUAUAUAUCAGAAUGAGACAAGAAGAGAAUGAAGAAAAUCUUGCAUGGCUAAUAAGUCCAAAUGUAAACUAUAGCUUGAAGAUUGUAAACAUCUAAGAAUCAUACUAGAGGAUUCCCUAAAAACAAAUUCAUUCUGUUAACAACUGUACAAGAUAACCAAGUUCAAUUUAAAUGAGAAGAAAACAAGGAAAGUUGAUACAAUCAAGAACAGAAGCCCUGUAUAUAUGAUCACCAAUUGUUUAAGGGAGAGAAAGAGGAAAAUAGCAAACAUGCAUAGGAACUGUCUGCUGCUGUGCCUGCUUGUGCUAGUGGUAAUUCACACCUGUGUUGUAAAUUCCCUGAAGAGUGAUGGGCUUUGCAGCCAGUGCUCCAAAUGUGAAUCAAGCACAUGCCCUGCAAGCGAAUCCUAUCCCCACAUGACGGCAUAUGAUGACACUCUUAUUGCUGGUGCUUUACAAUCUGACUAUGUGGAUUCAGAUGACAGAGGGGUUUACUCAGUUCCGGACAUUAAAGGUGGUGAAUCUAAUAAAUACAAUUCUUAUUUUGGAUGGAAAUCGACUUCUGGUUCUGCUUCUGGCCAUCAUAGGUUCAGCAACUACAUGGACAAGUGCUCAGGUGGGCAGAGCUACCUCACUGCUGACAAGCAUGGCAAGGUGAGCCUUCGCUCAUUGAGCUCACUGAAAAGCUUAGCUGAAGCAGACUGGAAAUCCAUCAACCCACCUAAGGAAUUAAACCACCGUGAAUUACGAUUCUGGGUUCAUCUUGGUACUGGAAAAUGUCUUACUGUCUUUGGUGGGAAGACAAAAAAACGAACUGUGGGUGUAGCAAAGUGCAAAUUUGAUGGCUCCAAUCCUUACCAGCUCUUUGCCUUUCGCUUCCACUACCACAAAGCAUUCUGCUGUUGUGGCGUUCACAACGAGUGAUUCCUCAAUGAAGUACAACCCUGACAAUUCUGAAGUAAAAGUAGCUUUCAGAACUCUUAUACAAGAAGUUCAUAAUAAUGAUGGUAUCAACCAUCAAGGCAUCUCUGGAAUUUUCCCCUCAUUUCUCUAUAUUUUUUAGUUGUGCCAUCUUCCAUGGAAAUGAAUGACUAGAUGGUAUU